AAAAGCGGCCCUUGACAACCGACGACGAAACAUAUAGCUAAUUGGACAGCGACAGGCCACACAACAUAAGGCCUUCCAAGCGGUCGCAUGUCGAGUCUUGAUAAUAAUUCCUCUUGAGCGUUUCUUGUUUUCUGUCAUUCCGUGUGGAGGUUGGCACUUGUUAUUCUGGAGGAGCGCGUUUCUGGUUGCUGGAUUACCAACGUAAACAAGCCGCUCUCUUGUCUGGACUUUCGCACAACUCGGCGCAACGACGUGAUUGCGCAACAUGGCUGGACAAUCGAUACCUACGAAAUUCCCCUGCUGGUGCAAGGCUGUAUACUCAUGGGGUGGAGAGACCAAGAAAGACCUGGGAUUCAUCGAGGGAGAUUUGAUCGAGUGUCUGAACGCAGGAGAUGGAUCAUGGUGGAUGGGUCGUCUACGACGCGACAGGCGCAUGGUCGGCCUCUUUCCAUCCAACUUCGUCCAAGUGCUCGACGAGAAGUUCCAACCAGCACCCAUUCGCCGAAAUGUCUCACCACCCACCGUCGCAGCGCCGCAAAAGUCGAAGAGCGUCUUCCGCAAACCCUUCCAAGGAUAUAAAGAGUUUGGAUACCGCGAUGACGGCUGCAAUUCGCGUGGCAGUACACCAGAGGACAGGCCGGUCAAGAAGAAGUUCAGCCCAUACUCGAGUAUGAAGACAGCAAAGGCUCCUGGCUCAGACAAGAAACCACAAUCAUCACCGCUGAAGGAAGAGUCGACCUUCCGUGUCCCAUCACCACUCCCGCGCCGAACACCCAGCAGGGCUUCCUCGCCCGUCGACAUGUAUAGAGCUUCCUCUCCAGCACCCACCAUGUUGCACCGCUCAGUAUCUCCUGCUCCUUCGGCUUUCUACCGCGCCACUUCGCCAGCUCCGUCAGCCAUGUACAGAACAUCGUCACCAGCUCCCUCGACCAUGUACAGAGCCGCUUCGCCUGCUCCUUCAGCCAUGUAUCGUCCUGUUUCACCCAAUCCACAAGAUGUUUAUCGCCCUUCUUCUCCUAAUCCAACAGCGAUGUAUAGUGGACACGCUUCGCCCAACGCUGCCAUGUAUCGUGCUGCUUCUCCCAAUCCAAACAUGAACUCCGAUCUAUACAGUCGAGCCGCUUCACCAAACCCCAACAUGAACUCUGAUCUAUACAACCGAGCUGCUUCUCCAAACCCAUACCGAGCCGUAUCGCCCGCUCCUUUGAACCAAGGCAAUUCACCAUACCGCGGUCCAUCUCCUGCUGCUUCUCAGUUCCAUCACACACCGUCUCCCUCACCCACACCCACGCCUAUGCCCGGAGUAGGUGGAUACCAAGCCUACAGACCUCAACAGGAUUAUGAUUACUUCAGAGCCGCUUCUCCCGCUCCCCCAGCUCCUAUGCACCACAUCUCAAGACAGCCUUCGCCGAUACCGCAAGACGAUGCUUCUUCUCCUCCACCUCCUGCACCGCCACCUCAUCGUAUCCUCCACCAACAGAACAGGCCAGUUUCUCCGCGUCCGUCCUACGACUCUUCCGACCACAACAAUGGCUACGCGACCCCUGGAGGUCAUUCCAGAGACGGCCAAUCUUCUGGCAUGACUCCUUCUCCUUUGCGUGACGCUAUGAACGAUGUCAUGUCUUCAUUACACGAUAUGAGCAGUGUUGCAGGCAGAUCCUCACCUGCCCCCGGUCCCGAAAGUCCCAAUGGAAUCUGGUCGCCUGACGCAUUCGAUCUCAUCCGCUCCCGAUCAGCCCACCAAGCCAGAGCGAAGUCGGCCAUGGAUAUGUACCGAAGAGAAGCAAGCCCGAAUCGGCUAGAUGAUGUGCAAGAAGACCACGAUUCCAUCCCAUCACUUCCGCCUUCAAGAGACGGCCCACCCGCACUGGAUGAAUACGUUUCGCGCAUGGAAACACGCUUGAGACGAACAAAAUCAUCCGGCAGCGAGCUCCAGACUGCAGGAGGCGCUGUUCAGUAUGACAACAGACCCACCACAUCUAGUAGCCAAGGCAGUACCGGUAGUGUUCGUUUCAGCACACAGGUUCCUAGCCCCAGAAAGUCCGUCUACGACCUUGCAAGCAGGCCCCAACAACUCCGCCGGACCCAAACAAGCAAGACCAGCUCAUCCUCAGGUACCAACAGUACAUCCACAGCCAGCACUACGAGCACCCAGAUUACUAGCACAAGUAUCAUGAGUGGCCAUUCUGCAGGUGCCUUCAGUGCCACUAGUGCUGGUAGCUUUGCCAGGCGAAAGUGGGGUUUGACUGGAAGUGUGAAGGGCAGACGUCCGCUGAGCGCUUUGAGCUCGAGAUCGUACGGAGAUCUUCGUGGAGAGUUCGGAAAGGAGGAACGACCCAAGACGGCCAUGCAAUCAAGACCACAAUCGCCCGAAACAGGUAUCAGCUUCCACUCAAGCCAUGCUACACAGCCUGCUCCUACACCCGUCGCUGACUGGACUACUAACCCUUUCGAGACUGCUGGUGUACUUGGAGGACUUUCUGCUCCCAAGGCCAAAAAGAGCGGCUUUUUCAGGAAGAUGAUCGACACAGCAAAGACAACUGCAAAGACUGGAGCAGCCAAUGCAAGAAGUAGCAUCGCAUCUGGCAGGCCGCCCAGUAGAGCAGGCUCACCGAGAAAGAACACCAUACCCGAUGGUGUCAAUUCAAUCUCCGGUGGCACACCUACUUCGCCUUCUGCGCUCACAUCGACCGCUCAUCGCGAUAUGGGACUUGGAGGUGGUGAUGGCUGGAUGCAGGUCAGAAGAGACGUCAAUCGAUCCAACUCGCUCAGUAGAAAUGAGAGGGUUGAGCGUAUUGAACGUUGCGAGAUGAUGGAUGUUCUUGUUCUCAACCCUGUCGAAGAGCUGCUUGAGCGAACUGAAGGCGACGAGGGUCUCGAUGGGCUGGCCAUCACUGAACCAACCGAUUUUGUUGCUCCGAGCCUAGGACUGGUAGACAAGGGCACGCGAUUCAUCUCAGCUCUUCCUCAAAUGGUCACUCCGACAUCCUUGGCACAGAGCUAUCUGUGCAGACCGUAUCGUAGCGACGUGCAACGUCUACGUGCGAUCUUUACUUGGGUGGCUGAGAAAAUCACCUGGGAGGAAGACUUCGAGGGUCAGGUCGACACGAGACGAGUACUGCAGACAAAACGGGGUUGCAGCGAAGAGAUCGCUGUUCUCGUACGCGACCUUUGCUCAGCUGUCGGUCUACAUGCCGAAGUCGUUCGUGGAUACCUAAAGGGGCCUGGAGAAAGACUGGACCUGGAGACGAUCGCAAGAGCCAAUCAUUUCUGGAACGCAGUCAUCAUUGACGGCGAGUGGCGUAUCAUGGACUGUUCUCUGGCCAAUCCUACCAACCCAAAACGAAACAUGUACAGUUCUGCAAACAACACAGUAGCCGACCACUGGUUCUUCCUUACCCGACCCAUGGAGAUCUGCUACACUCACAUUCCUCUUCUUCCCGAGCAACAGCACAUCGUCCCUCCUGUUCCUCACGAAGUCCUCAUCUCACUUCCAUGCGCUUGUCCGCCUUACUUCCGCCACCAUGUGGAGCUCGCAAACUACGACACAUCAGUAGCCUACCUCGAGAAUCUGGAGAUGGCACACAUCCAACUCACAGUCCCCGAAGACGUGGAGAUAGUUGCUGAAGUCGAAGCCCGCGCCUUCGCCCGCGACAUGGAUGGUGACCUUUUUGAAUCCGGCGACGUGACUCGCAAGAUCGCUCUUGCCCAACCAACCUGGAUUGGCGGCAGAAAGAGUUACGUUGUGAAAGCACUCCUCCCCGGCGAUGAAGGCGAAGGUGUUUUGAAAGUAUACGCAGGCAAACGCGGGCUCAUGCACUCUAUCAAGGACAACCCGCAUGCUCUCGCCCUCGCCAUAUCAUUGUUGCAUACAGGACAGAACCCACCCUAUACUUUCCUGACACGCCACCCCACCCCUCACGCUCAGCGCCAUGAUCUUUAUGUCGCGCAACCUCAAUGCGCAAGAUUGGUCAUCAACAAUACCUUCGUCUUUUGCGUGCGCCAACAUCCUUCCUCCCUAUCUCGUUUCUCACCAGACACAUGGGGAGGCAGCUCCAACAACGCUUCAUCGUCCAGCCGCGGCCGCAGCAACAGCGCUCUAGGCCUCCGCUCCACUUCUCCAGCCCCCUACGCCCGCCCCUCCUCCGCCAUGUCCAUCGCCUCCUCCUCAGCAGGUCUCUCCCACACCGGCUCCACGUACUCCGAAUCCUCCUCUGUGCUCACAGACAAGCAAUCCAAACCUGCCAAACUCGCCAUUCAAUCUCCGAGUGGGAAGAUCAUAAGGUUUACCAGAAAGCAAGAAUAUGGAGGUUCGGGCAGUGGAAACAGUUCUAGAGAUGAAGAUGAAGGGAUGGGGAGUACGUGGGAGACUGUCAUCAAGGUUGGAGAGAGGGGAGUUUAUCGUGGUCUUGUACUGGCGGAUAGAAGUGCCAGAUGGUGUGUUUUUGCCGAGUGGGAAUGUGUUUGAUCGUUAUGAUUGGACUGUUUUUUGCACUUGACAAUUGUACGCCGGAGUUUUAUGUUGUACGAUAUCAGUAGAGUUUGAGGUUUCGGGUUUUACUGGAACAGGUUGUAGGAGUUUCAUGUUGUACUGAUGGUAGCAUAGCGAUUGUUACUUUAUAAUGCUUUUUUUUCGUUCUUAUAAAUGCUCGAG